AUGAGUAAUGAGGUAGCUCAGCCGACUGAGCAAGAUCCUAGCCGCUCGACUUCAUUGGAAGGAACGAAAGGAGUUAAACCACCCGCGCUCGACACUUCCAACUUCACCGCAGAUUCCCAACCACCCAGCUCAUCUACACAACACUCAACAACUCAAAAUACCUUGACAGAAGAUACCGACAACGCUUUUAAUUCAACCACAAACAUCGAUAAGGACCAAGGGAGAACUGGCGAAGCAUUGACUGAAACCUCCAAGAAGAACAGCGACCUGCUCAAAGUUCCAUCGAGAUCAUCUUCCAACAAAAUACAACCUUCGCCAACUUCUACAGGUCUAAGCGGAGCGACUGCGGGUGAAGGAAGAGGGAGCAUAGGUGGGCGAUCUAAGGAAUCGAAGGGCAGUUUUCUUGGGCGAAGGCGGAAUGGGAGUGCAGCAAGCAGCAAAAUGUCGAUAAAAUCACCUGGUCAUCCUACGGGCGCUUCAGGUCCUUCGCAGCCUGCAGUCCCCGACGCACCCUUAGUUCGUCAGCCAAAGAAGAAGAAGAGCUUUCUUUCACUUCUCUGCUGCGGUACUCCGGACCACGCCAAUUCUUUGGAUGGACCUGUUCCAGCCAAUAAAGUAUCCAAAUUCAAUUUGAGUCGUCCUACUACCGCUAAGCAACCCGACUCGAGCAAAAUGGGACAACAAAAUAGUGCUCCCGCAGUACCACUAGUUGAGAAGGAAACUGUGCAGCAACCACAACAACAGGUGCCGCAAGUCGAAGCUGGAGAUGAGAAGCAUGAUACGAUCAGCCCUCAGGGAACCGCGGAAGUCAUCGCCUCUUCGUCGAAUGCAAUCGAAGAACAGAGCCGUCCAAUUGGGAACGCACGCGACCAGCCUUUACCAGAUUUGCCCACAGUCGUAGAAGCCGAACCUACACAACCUGAGAUGACAAAGCCAACGGUGUCUAUUGAUGCUCCAGCGCAAUCUGGAACAGCAGUAGGAAUAGUUUCCCCGGGUGAUGGUGAUCUGGGACAACAGGAUGGAGGGGACGAGAAGAUGGCAAACUUGGAUCCAGGCACUACAGAAAUUGAAGAGGCCCCAUUACCAAUUCCAAAGGAUGAGCCAAUGACUGGCCAGCAAACUAUUCCACCUCCGCCACCAGUACCUCAAAUUCCAACAUCUGAAGAGGUUAUCGAGUUGGAUUCAUUGGAGCAAAAGCAACAAUGGCUUUUACCACCAAUUGCACCAAGGUUCAAAGGGAAAAAAUGUCUGGUCCUUGAUCUCGAUGAGACUUUGGUACAUAGCAGUUUUAAGAUCUUACAUCAAGCAGAUUUCACCAUCCCUGUGGAGAUUGAAGGGCAAUUCCAUAAUGUGUAUGUGAUCAAGCGACCCGGUGUUGAUCAAUUCAUGAAACGUGUCGGAGAGCUCUACGAGGUGGUUGUCUUCACAGCUUCUGUUUCUAAGUAUGGUGAUCCACUUCUCGACCAACUUGACAUUCAUCACGUCGUCCAUCAUAGAUUGUUCCGUGAAAGUUGUUACAAUCAUCAAGGGAAUUACGUCAAGGAUCUUUCUCAAGUUGGCCGCGAUUUGAGAGAAACCAUUAUCAUUGACAAUUCUCCAACAUCUUAUAUCUUCCACCCGCAACAUGCUGUCCCUAUCAGCAGUUGGUUCUCAGAUGCUCACGACAAUGAGCUUUUAGAUCUAAUCCCGGUCCUCGAAGACUUGGCCGGCUCGCAGGUCCGAGAUGUCAGUUUAGUUCUUGAUGUUGCGCUCUAA